AUGCGCUCGCGGGACAGUCGCGCUCCCUUUCCCGGCGCCCGAUUGGCCGCGGUGAAAGGGCCCUCGGCGCCCCAUUGGGUGGGACGCCAGCCUCGGCGAGGGCCGUUGUGGGCGGGGCGGCGCCUGGCUGCGGCGGCCAAUCGGGGCGCGGCGGGGCCCGAUUUGAAUCCGAGGCGGCGCCGUCGGUGGAGGGACGAGCCGCGAGUGGGACGCCGAGCGACCGGAGGGACCGACCGAGCGACCGACCGGCGGGACGGAAGGGAGGCGGGGCGCGGGCCAGGCAGCGAGGGCCUGGCCGACGAGUCGGUGUCGUGCCUGCGGGAGGCGCUGGGGCAGCUGCGCGACAUCUGGGAGGAGAUCGGCAUCCCCGAGGAGCAGCGCCUGGAGCAGGGGGGGGAGGGCUCUGGCUGACUUCUCCUCCCGGCCCCCCCCCCGCAGGAGCUGCUGGCCAAGAUGAUCGCCGAGGAGCAGAGCCUCAAGAACCGCCUCCUGCGCAGCAUCCAGGUGUGGCGCGGCCAGCUGGCCACCCUCUGCCGGGAGCUGCAGCUGGCGCCCUUCCAGGAGGACCGGGAGGCGACCAUCCUGGAGCUGGAGAAGGUCCUGCGCACCCACGUGGAGGCCCUGCUGAAGCAGAAGCAGGAGCGCAAGCAGGCCUUGCAGGCCCUGCGGGAGCAGGAGCUGGAGCUGUGCGACCUGCUCUCUCGCGCGCCCGCCGGCAUCUGCGCCAAUGCGGUGCCCACCCUGGAGGAGCUGGACUGCUUCCAGCGGCACUUGGCAGCGCUGGGGGCAGAGAAGGAGCGCCGGCAAGCAGAGUUUGUGGGCACCAAGCGGAAGAUCGUCCUCUGCAUGGAGGAGCUGGAGCACGUCCCCGACACCAGCUUCGAGCGGGACGUCGUGUGUGAGGACGAGGACGCCUUCUGCCUCUCAGAAGAGAACAUUGCCGCCCUGAAAGAACUGCUGCGACAGCUGGAGGUCAGGAAAGCUCAGAAUGAGGCUUUGUGUGAAGAGCUGCGCUCCAAGAUCCUGGUGCUCUGGGACCGGCUGCGGGUGCCGACGGAAGAGAGAGAGUCCUUUGUCCCCUGCAUGGCGGGAUCCAGGAGCCAGACCCUCAGUGCCCUCCAGCUAGAACUGAAUCGCCUGGAAACACUGAAGCUCCAGAAUAUCCGAAACAUGGUGGAGGCCAUCCGGGUGGAGCUGGCGGACUACUGGGACAAGUGCUUCUACGGCAAGGAGCAGAGGGAGGCGUUCGGCCCGUACGACCAGGACGACUUUACUGAGGAGCUGUUACAGCAACAUGAGGAGGAAAUCGCACGGAUCAGGCUCCACUUUGAGAGGCACGAGGAGCUCUUUGAGGCCGUCCGGAAGUGGGAGGGGAACUGGCGCCUCUUCCAGGACCUGGAGAGGAAGGCCACGGACCCCAGCCGUUUCACCAACCGAGGGGGCAACCUCUUGAAAGAGGAGAAGCUGCGGGCGAAGCUGCAGAAGACGCUCCCCAAGCUGGAGGAGGAGCUGCGGGGUCGGCUGGAGCUCUGGGAGCAGGAGCACGGCCAGGCCUUCCUCGUGAAGGGGCAGCGCUUCAUGGAGCACGUGGCAGAGCAGUGGCGGCUGCACCACCUGGAGAAGGAGCGGGAGAAGCAGGAGCGGCAACUCAAGAAGUCCCGUCAAAUAGAGGAGGAGAUGAUGUACGGGAGCACCCCCUGCACCCCCAGCAAGCGCCGCGUCUUGGGCACCACCACCCCUGGGAAAGCACGGAAGCUCAACGCCACAGCGGCCACCCCCAACAGCACCUUCCGCUCAGCCCUGGGGGGCUCCGUCUUCCACUCCCCGGCAUCCCACCCACCUCUUUCUGGAAGCAAGUCUCUCCGGACUCCCUGCCGCCCGGCUGCCAAGCCCUCCCGCCCGGGACGCCCGGAGCACAACAAGGAGAACGUGUCUCAGCUCAACGGAACUGCUCUGAGCGGUGGGUGCACCUCCACAGCCCCUGCCCAGCGUACCCACAGCAUUAAUUCUGUGGCCAGCACCUAUUCCGAGUUUGCGCACGAACUUUCAAAGGCUUCCAAAUCUGAGAGCAGGUCUCGCGUCCUCAACUCCACGGUUUCGGUGACUCCUGAGAGCUGAAGGGGAAGGAAGAGGCGGGCCCCUCUGCUCCCCCAAGAAGCAGCUCCGCCCCCACCUCACGCUCAGCUGGGCCCCACCCCUCGGCCAGAUCUCUGAUCAGGGAGCAGCGGCCACGUCCAAUUUUCUGGGAGGUUUUUUUGGUUUGUUUGUUUUAAAUAAAAUAAUAAAGAUGCAGAGGGUUUCCUGCUCGAGGUCACACGGGCAGGGCUGGCGGCAUGGGCUCCAGGAAGCUCCGAGCCAUCUCUCAGCAGCCACUCGAGGGAGGGAGGGAGGUGGCUCCUCCUGGAGGGAGUAUCAUGGCCUGAUUUGCACUUUGUGUUCACUACAGCCCC